AUGAAUGAUGAGCUUAAUCUGAAGAGUCCAACUACCUGUGGAGCUCUACCUGAAGCUCACAAUGUGCAGGAGAUUGUCGAGAACGAGUACGAGGAACCGCCGAAUGAAGUAACGCUAUCCCAACAACAGAAGAAUAGGCUAAGGGAUUUAAAGAAGAUUGCUAAGAAGGAUCUCUUCCUUAUCCAACAAGCAUUGGGAAAUGACGACUUCGAGAAGAUCUCGAGCGCAUCCACCGCGAAAAAAUCUUGGAAUAAGUUACAAGUCUCGUGCAAAGGCGCCAAGCAAGUAAAGAAUGUAUGUCCAAACCUUACAAGAAGUCAUAGGCUUAAUAUUGAAGAGAAGGAAAAUUUCACCGAGAGCAAAGAUGAAGCCAAUACAAGUUUGUUGUUAGCUUACAAAGAAGAAAAAGGAAGGCAAGAUGACACUUGGUUCCUCGACACCGGAGCGAGCAACCACAUGUGUGGAAAAAGGAGUAUGUCUGUGGAGCUCGAUGUCCGUAAGCGAGAAUGUCUUAUCUGGUGA